AAAGUUCCACGCCCUCCGAAUGCUUUCAUAAUUUACAGAAGAGAGAAGAAAGCAAAGCAUAACGACGUAUUUUCUAAAAGAACGGAAGCUGAGAUAUCAAAAGUAGUCGGUAAAAUGUGGCAAAACGAACCGGAAGAUACCAAAGAUAUGUAUUAUAGAUUAGCGGAGCACGCUAAAAAAAAGCACUUAGAGAAGUAUUCCGGGUAUAGAUAUAAACCUGAAAGAGGUAAAAAAAAGGAUAGUAGAAAAGAAGAUGAG